AUGGAGUCCGCCCACACAAAACAGUCUACCACUCCCACGGCAUCGGGCGCUGUGCCUCUAUCGUGUACCUUGUGCAGGAAACGUAAGAUCAAGUGUGACAAGCAGAAUCCAUGUUCGAACUGCGUGACGGCUCAAAAGGAAUGUGUUCCUGUCGUUCGCGCCAGGUUGCCUCGUGGGAGAAAUGGAGGUCGCAAAGGCAUAAAUGCAGAACUACGCAAUAGAAUCAACCGUCUGGAAGGCCUUGUUCAGUCUCUCAAUUCUGGCCUGGUACCGAAUAGCACGAGUGUAGAAGUCGAAACACAAAAGACACAAAUCGAGAGCGAGACGCGAGCUUCGAGUUUUUCUGGACCAUCGACUUCGAGGCAACCACUGCAUGACUCACGAGAGGCAACUCCAGAUACUACAAGAUGGCCAUUAGGCUCGACUCUCUGGACUCAAUUGGCUCACGAACUCAAUGAUAUUCACGCAGUACUCGAUAACGAAGACGACGACAACGAUAAAGAUGAAGAAAUCGACUCAAGCCCUCCAUCCAUGUCUGCGGAUAGCGGCGCCACUCCCAAAGAUAUGCUUUUCACCUCCCAGCCAGCCACUACUCUCGCCCCGGUCGUGUCCGACAAUGAUAUUGUAGAAUACCUUAGGAUCUUCCGGCGAAAUGUCGACUACAUCUUAAAAUUUGUACAUAUGCCCAGCUUCGAGAAGCUCUUGACUGCAAAGGAACCAUAUUUGGGACAUCCGGCAGACAGCCCUGGCACUCAAGCCCUCAUGGCGAGCGCUUUCUAUGCCUGCAUAUGCAGUAUCAGUAACUCACAUUGCCUGCUUGCCUUCAACAAGACAAAGGAAGUCUUGAGAACCGAAUGGCAACAGACCACCUUUCAGUAUCUAGCAAAAGUCGAGAUCGUCAAGACUCCCAGCUUGGUGUCCCUUCAAGCAUUAUUGCUCUAUAUCGCGGCGUUGAGAUCGCAUCAAGACGAUCAGCAAAGUUGGAUGCUAAUAUCUCUAGCGGUGAGAACAGCGCACUCUUUGCAGUUGCAUCGGGAAGAGUCCUACAAUUCACUACCUUGGGGCCGAGCUGAACUACGUCGACGCACUUGGUUUACGUUAAAAGCACUGGACUACCAAGCCGCCAUGGACCGAGGAAGCGAUCUGGCCAUUGUAGGAGACGGCUGGACGACGAAGGUUCCUACCAAUUGUAUCGACUCAGACUUUGCACUCGAUGCCCGCGCACCUCCACCAAGUAGUGGGCCUUGUACCAGCAUGGUAUUCUACGCAAUUCACUGUCACAGCAAUUGGCUCUUACGCAAGCUCAACUGGAUACUUCCAGGAGAGGCGGAGAGACCGGCCACACCAAUUCAGAGCUCGUGGAGUGCAAGACAAGAGGCAAUAACUAGUCUUGAGCGCACCUUGGACGAAGACAUUCUCUCACAUAUCCAAGGACAUGAUGUCUUCCGCUUCGCGUGCAUCAGCUUUACCAAGGUCCUCAUCAGAUGCGCGCAAUUGUAUGCCGUACGACCACUUCAACGACACCCUGAUCUGACACUGCCUCCUCCUGAGCAUUUGAACAUCUUGCUUCUUGCUGUGGAGGCACUUGAGGUCAAGCGCGGGCUGUUGAGCGAAACCACCGAGCCAUGGCAUUGGGUCAUCAAGGGAUUCGUGGAUUGGCAUGGCUUGGCCGUUCUGCUUGCAGAGCUAUGCAAUCCGGAUCAAUAUGACGCGCAGAGCUUAGAGAGAGCGUGGAACAUCGCACUUGUCUCUUUUGACGAACUCUCUGGCCAAAUCGCGGAAGGAGUCCAAGGUCCGCUUUGGAGGCCGAUAAAGAAGUUGAUGCGGAUUGCGCAAAAGAAACGUCAGGAGAGAUUGGUGCCGCCUACUACGACGUUAUUAGGGCCAACAGGCAACGGUUUGGACGACUUGUCUGCGUACACGACAUCGGCAAUGGGCCUCAUGGCUAUGAAUUCGACUGUCGACAUCAAUCAGGGAUGGAAUCCCGCACCGCUCGAUCCUCUACAAGGCUCCUGGUUCAAUUGGCAGUCUUUCACAGACGACUUGACACUGAAUAAUGGAUACGGCUGGGGUUCAAUGGAUUUCGAUCCUGUGUUCGAGAGCAUGUGA